AGCAGCCAGCUCCUAACAUCUAGCGAAACACGCCUUUUGCCUAAACCACCAUGGAUCUCUCGGAGAUUCCACCCGAGCUUCGCGCAAAGGUCAUGGCCGCACUGUUCGAGCCGCAGGAUCACUCGAAGGACGUCCGCCGUCUCAAGAGCAGCAGUUUUCCCGGCGGCGUGAUUGAGCUUGACGUUGUGUCCGAGCCUGCACAGCAACAGGGCGACAUAACGCACAACUGUGACCUUCUCUGUCCCAAAUGCGGAGCCUAUCAACUCAAGGCCAGGGUGGCCACGCUCGUGGAACUCAGCAACAUCGAGGUUCAUCGCUCGUGCCAUACCGUACAGAGGCAACGCGCUCAUCUCCGUUCAUGAUAGCCCAUGGCCUCUGAGGUUAGGAUCGCGAGCUCAUCCGAGCUGGUGCUGCCUGCUCUGCCCCCACCGCCUGGUACUACUCAAUGGUGGCACGCUAGCGGUGAUCCGGUGGAGCUGUGCGGAAACCUCGGCUUUUCUCGACCUUACACUCUACCAUCGGACUCUAACGAGGGAAAGCAGGUGCAGCUCUUUACUUGCUCGUGUUGCGAUGUAGGUCCUCUGGGUUGGCGCGAGGUGAAAGGCGGGGAGUUCUGGCUGGCAUGCGAAAGGGUUGGGUACAAGGCGGAUCCGAUGAAUGCAUAAGAAUGUAUCAUAUCCUAGCUGGGGCCAUCUAUCUGUGGUAACGCCAAUGUACAAAGUAU